CUCAGCACCAAAGAGAAAACACUCCUUCAUCGGGCUCAUAACGCAAAGCGAGUUAAUUAAUUUCAUAAUCUUCUCAGUAUAGGUUCACAGACAAUCACUCUUGUAUCUAAGCAGCAAAGGAACAAACACGGAGACCUCAUGUGCUUUAACCCCUGAUGGACCAAAAGUAUUACAAAAAAAAAACACAACGCAACUGUAUCUGGAUAAACAUGCAGAUGGCCUCAAAACCAACGCUCACCACUCCAUCUGUAAUCCUAACCCCCACACUGACCACAGUCCCCCAAAAUGAAAGCACGAAGCUGCCAGAGGAAGAGGAGUACCACACGCUCCUGCUCGUCGUCUACACGGCGGUUCUGCUCAUCGGCAGCACCAGCCUGAGUGUCACGUUGCGCGUAAUGAAGUCCAGGACAUCAUCCACCACCUCCAUCGCUGUUCUCAACCUCAUCUUCGCGCACUUUCUUUUCCUUCUCACUGUGCCCUUCAGGAUCUAUUAUCACGCGGCUCAGGAAUGGAGCCUCGGCCUGGGCUGGUGCCGAGUGGUCAGCAGCAUGGUCCACAUCCACAUGUACAUGUCUUUUGGCCUCUAUGUUGUCAUCAUCAUCACACGCCUCCUGGUGUUUUACCACAAGGCUAAGCAUUUGGAGUCUUCACCGGGGAUUUACGCGCAAGCUGCUAGUGUCGGGCUGUGGAUGAUUGUGCUUGUCAUUGUCACUUGCAUAAUCUAUUUUUCCUACGGCCAAAAAAAUGGUAAAGGUAAUACCUUGGACCAUCAAUGCUUUAGAUUUGCCAACAACAUAAAAUCCACUGCCAGGGUGAUCAACUACAUCAUUAGUACGUUGUUUAUAACAGUAGCCAUUGUGCUGACCGGCCUCCAAGCCAAUGUCCUGUGGCUUUUAUACAGGAAACAUCACCAGCGGUGCACGUCACAACAGGACUUUGGGGCUCAGCGAAAGAGUCUGUCCUUCGCCGUCAUCAUGGUGGUGUGCUUCAUCCCAUACCACAUAUUCCGACUGUAUUACUUGGAACACCACGAACUGCAGAAUCUCAAUGAGGUGUUUCUGAGCUUGACCACCUUGAACUGCGUGGACACGCUCACCCUCUUGGGAAGGAGGACAUGCUCCUUGUGCGUCCCAGGAAAGGCGAUUUAAUCAGCAUGCCCAAUGACUCUUUUGUAUUGUGAAAAAUCUUACACCACCCCGGACUUUGUUCAUUAAUUAGAGAUGCAUUCCAUUUAGGUUUAACAUUUUACAAGUCUUCACCUCAGAAAUUGAUGAGUAGGCCUACAUCAUCAUGUGCAAUGACAUGUGAGAGAAUUUGUGAGGCUAAGUGAGCAUUUAAAGGAUUAACUCUACUGUAUUCAAUGUUUUACUGUACACACAUAUCAAUAUUUACCAUUUUCGACAGCUUGAAAAUGUGAGCAGACGCACCAAUGACAAGAACAAAUUUGCCGUGCGUGUUCUUACUGCUUUUAUAGUAUGCGGGGUACUUGAAAUGAUCAGCACAGCCCGCCACAUGCAUAAGGAUAUCUCUGGAGAGUAACACAUUAAGCAUUUCCGGUGGAAAGGAAGCGUGCCAGUGCUAUGAGACGAGCGCUGAAGCUACCUCAUUGAGCAUUUAACACAAUUUCUACAAUGUCUGCCUUCGUGUGCCAGACACAGGUAAACUAGCUAAGUUUGCUUUACAUAGGCGUGUUACUAAAUUUUUCAAGUAUGUUCUUGUGUGCACAAGCAGGGCACCACCCAAAUGUUCCUCUUUUGAGUGUAUACAACACCAUUGAAGUUAUAUAUGAAGUUUGAUGACCGCUCAAAUAUGAUUGGCGAGAGCACUUUGACACAUCCACAUCUUCAAAAUGGGUCCGCCGUUAAUCUCCUCGAGUUGGCGAAGGAACAAAAUCACACGGAGCCACGUCGGGUGGGUAGGGAGAUUGCGCCAGUUAAUUGUGACUCAGCAAUAUUGUAUGACGUGACUCGACUCGCUUGAAAUUUGGUAGCGGCUCGACUUUUUUUUCCCCCCCAGUAACUUGGGACUUGUUUGAAACUUGAAUGUUAUGACUUGAGACUUGCACAUAUGUGACUUGCACGCACCUCUGGAUUCAAUACUAAAGUGUUGAUACUUUUCAAGGUGAAAAUUUGAAGGGAUAGCUCCUUGAGCAAACAUUGCGGUGUGUCUCUGCUGUAAGUUCAGUGUCAACUCGGUUUUGAGUUUCAACACGUUUCCCAUGUUGUCAUCAUGAGUUUGCUUGGUUGACGGAAGUUAUCACACCUCCUUACUCCAAUAUAAAAUAUAUAUAUAAAACAAAAAACGCAUAGUUGGCUCAGUAGAAGAAAGUUCCCUUACAAUGACUUAAGUGACACUUUAUUCCAACACUCAACACAACCAGUUACUCCGGGAUUUGGGUGCCAGUUUCAGGUGAAUUCCUGAUUGGCUCUGUUUCACAUCACAAUUACAGAGUCCUUGAGUUGCAGUUAAACCACACACAUAAGAAUUUGCGAUCGUAAAUAGUGAACAGGUUUAACAUUGAGGAAAAAAAUCAAUCUUUACACACCUCAGGAUAACUUUGUGGACUUUUAUUCCAAGGGAGGGAAAAUCCCCAAAUUUGGCAAAAUUGACAUUAGGAAUGUACUCCGCUUUAGCUUUUUGUUUUUGUGACACUACCACAGAAGGGAAAGAGUGAUAGCAAAGAAAGGAAAAAAGUGUUGAUGAUGAUGACAGUACUGGAUUUUUUUUUUUUUUUUUUGGGGGGGUGGCAAAAAUUAAAUAUGCGGCACGGUGGCCGACUGGUUAGAGCGUCAGCCUCACAGUUCUGAGGACCCGGGUUCAAUUCCCGGUCCCGCCUGUGUGGAGUUUGCAUGUUCUCCCCGUGCCUGCGUGGGUUUUCUCCGGGCACUCCGGUUUCCUCCCACAUCCCAAAAACAUGCAUUGAUUGGAGACUCUAAAAAUUGCCCGUAGGUGUAACUGUGAGUGCGAAUGGUUGUUUGUUUGUAUGUGCCCUGCGAUUGGCUGGCAACCAGUUCAGAGUGUACCCCGCCUCCUGCCCGAUGACAGCUGGGAUAGGCUCCAGCACGCCCGCGACCCUAGUGAGGAGAAGCGGCUCAGAAAAUGGAUGGAUGGAAAUUAAAUACUACAUAGCAGAAAGCAUGUUGGCUUAUGACUAGCAUGCAAAUCAACAGAGAAGCCAACAAAGUAAAGUUGUUCCUGAAACAAUAAGCAACCGCUAGGCUCUUGGUGUCCUUUUUAUUGGUUUGACUAUACAGUGGCUAACCUCUACCUACACUUGUAUGACUGGUUAUGAAUGUUAAAAAUCGCGUGACACUUAACGCUGGAGAAGAAAAGAGUUUGUUAAUAUUGAGUUAGUACAGAGAGAAGCCAGUGAUGAAACAUCCGUUAUUGCGGUUCUCUUCUCUUGCCUCAUGCAUUGAAGCACUGUCUCAUGUGCUGUAGCACUGUUUCAUACAAUGCCACUUAUUUUUCAUAAUACCAUUCAAUUUUGAUGGACUGUAAUGAUUAUUUUUCAUCUAUCAUCAUAUCAGAAACAUAAAUUUUUGCACAGAACUUUUACAUGCAUGAUUGACAAAAAAGUCACCCGCAUAUAAAAUCCAAAUUUCUUUUUUUCCCCAUAAUGGCGCAUUCUGCAUUUCAGCUUCACCUCCUGUUUUACAUUUGUGAAAUUUCAUUUUAAAGUUUCUCUGAAUAUACAUUUAAUCGUAUUGUCUCACACUUGACUUUUGUAUGCACAGCUAAGGAGCUUUGCCCUCUUGUUGAGAAUAAGAAAUACAGUAAAUUAUUACUUUGUCAACAUUA